AUGCUUCAAUCGCCAUCUCCCCUCCCUCUUGGUCCGGGUUCCAUUCAUCAACCUAUUGGCCAAACCUCCUCAGAAAUGUUUCGAGAUGCACGCAACUUCGAUAUCACUGGUUGUCAGUUUAUCAACGUACGAGGCGAUAUGCCGCUGGAGGUUGUGGAACCAUCAUCAAACUCCCCACCCAGACAAAUGAGAGUAAUGGCUCGCUCUGAGUACGAAACCUUCUUUUCUGCCUUGGCAAUUUGGAAGCGUGGACGUCCUCUGCUCUGUCCUACACCACAAACAAACCUUUCUCGAGAGUACCAGCAACGCGGCAUUUGUAUCGGCGAUGUAGGGAGUAUUACUCCUGAAGGGGGUUUUGAUUUUGCCUUCAACGUUUACUUGCCUGCCUCACAUCCCAUCAACGACAACCUCGUUCCAGACGGGUUCUGUCCACUCUCCCCAUAUCAUUCUGUGGAUGUCUCUCAGAAUGAUUUUCCACCGGGGAGCCACGUUACUUCCGCUGAAGUAGAGGCAGCCUGCAUCGACCUGGAUUCACCUGAGUUUCCUGGAGGCGAACUACAUUUUGCUUGCCAAGGACCAGACGGAGCUCUUAUCGCAUUGCCAUAUGGUUCUCGUCUCGAAAAGCUUGUCAAUCUUGAAGCUCUUCGACAAUUUGCUGCCCGAAAUGCAGAAAGCUGGUAUCGCUAUAUUAAUCAAGUCCGAGGGAGACGCCUGGUUAACGGUGGUCUAUAUGUCGUAACAGGCUGCGAAAGAGCCCGCUCAGGCGGAAUGGCCACUUUUCGGAAUGUCUCUCCGGGCCGUGCUUUCAAGAUCCUGUUCACACCACGAGUAUCUCAGGGAGCAGAUGGACAAUCCUCAUACCGUUUUUCCAGGGAUAAUCCCGCACACACGCGCACCUUCGAGUCUUCAGCUAGUAGCGAGAAUUCAAAACCCAACAAUACUGUCUUCCUCCGCGGUUUCACAAUUUCCCUGAGGAAAGGAGUUCGCCGGAUGUUUAGCGAACGCCUGGAUAACUCGCAGAUUGAUGACGACUUGGAUGGGUCAAGCGACGGAACUCGAGGAAUUGAUGUCCCGUUUGGCUCUCGGAAUUCGUUCCUAUCUUUACGGUUUCGCUCAAACAAGCGCUCUCACGGUGGCAAGCAAGCAUCCCUCAACGGGUCAUGUGAAUUGGUUGAUGACCCGCCUUCGACAACGACUAGAGACCCGGCACAGAUGAUCAAUGAAGUGCUUUUGUCCAAGUUUCCAAGUGCCACAGUGGCCAUCACCCAUGAUGACAAUUGGGCUGAUGCUUUAGAGACGUGGUCAUUGGCUCAAAUCGAAGACGGAGACUUGGACCACUUCCUCGAAAGCACUUGGUUUUCAAACAAAGCCAGAGAGGAAGAAGGCGCCGUCUAUCUGGCUCAUGAUGCUGACUUGGAGGCCACGAUCGAACCAUUCUCUACACAUUAUCAUCGUAACCUCAGUCCCCCAGUCGAAUUCAAUGCCAGGUAUGAGCAACAAGGCCAGGAUGACGAGAGAUCUCUUCAGGUUGAUGACGACACCGCCAAUCUCUCCUCGCUGGACGAAACCGAUAAUAAUAACAACAAUGAUAUUCAAUGCGAUGAUGACUCAAUCUUGUUAUUAUCCCAUCAACGGAAAUUCGCCUCGAGUAGCAAUCAAUCAAUGGAACGUUUCGAUAAACUCUCAGGCAUCAGCAGCAGCCUCCGCAAACACGGGAAACGUGCAUCAAGCGCGCGGAUAACGAAGCUUCUCGGGAACAGCUCUAACCAUAAUGCAGAUCCCAACAGUACUGAACAGCGCGAAAAGAUUGCCGUAGAACGCAACCCACGGCUGCUAUGGGUGCUCGCAACCUUACUUAUGACCGCGUCGGGCAUUACCGCCGACCAGCCGAUCCAUAGCGAGCUUCCAACUGGCCAGUUGUGUACCCCCGCGGGCGAGUGCGCGGCGUGUCCCCCCGACCUGAGAAAGGAACCAUUUUGCCAGCCAUUUGGCACCCGCCGAUUAAUGCACUGUGCCAACGGGACCGCACCCGUUCCGAUAUCCCACUCUUCAUCCUCCAACCCGUUCAACUUUGGCCACGCGCCCCAACUAAACGACCGCGCAUUUUGGUCCUCACAGACUGAGCAAGCCCCCGGACACUCUCACGAGGGCGAGACCCUUGCGUGGGCCCCGUGUGGCCGCAGCGUCGCCCAGGAACGGGCAGACUUUCUCGAAUUUGUCGCGUGCAAUGUGAUUUUUGCGGCGGUCGCGGUGUUUGGGGUCGUCACCCGCGCGAGAAGAAUGCAGUUGAUGCAGGCAAGGACGUUAGCAGCGCGGAUCGGUCUGGGGAGGAGCUGA